AUGGCCCUGCCGAGUCAGUGCUUGCGGGAGCUGCGGGGACUUCUGUACCCGCUGAAGGACCCAGUGGAGGACGACAAUGACUGUCUCCACGGGGGUGCGGAGGAGGAUGAAGACCCGGUGUUUGUGGACGCCGAGGAGCUCUGCAGUGGGGGCAUAAAGGCUGGCUGCCUCCCGGGGCCCCUUCGCGUUGUCAUUUGUGAUGAAACUACUGGAGAGAAAUGCGAAGUGUUCGGACGUUUCCCGCUGGUGGGCCCUUGGUGGCGAGUGAAGGUGCGCGUGACACCGGUGGGGAAGCGCUAUCACACUCAAGGGUCCCCAUCCUACUUCUUGCAGACUGAUAUGUCGCCACCAAAUCAAAAACACAUCUGCUCCCUGUUUCUUCAGGAGUGUCAGGCCCCCAGUGAGUUUACAACUCACUUUUUAAAAUGGGUACAGGAAGUAUCAAGCUAUCAGGACCUAAAUUUCGAAACUAUUAGAGAAACAUUAAGGACUUUUCACAAGGAAAGUGAAAGGAAACAUAAAAAGAAAGCAGCACAGAAUGAACAGGAAGAGCCUGUAUCAGACUCCGAGACGAGUCUUCCGCUGGAGAGUACAAUUCCGUUUACAAAUGCUAUGCAAGCUUUGCAGUUUCCGAGAGUAAUGGAAUUCCUUCCAGUUCUCCUGCCUCGCCACUUUAACCAGCUCGUAAACACAGACUCCACCAUGCUGUUGGAAAAGAUAGAAGAGAUUCUGAGUGCAUGUCCAUGGAAACUUGGAUUUAGUAAAGUCACCUAUAGGGAGCUGAGACUGCUGCAGUGCGAGGCAAGCUGGGCUGCCUUUUGCCAGUGCAGCGCUCUCCUCCAGCUGAUGACGGCUCUCGAGAAGAACGCGCUAGUGAUAUAUUCUAAGCUGAAGGAGAUCUGCAGAGAGUUUGGGCACACGUAUAUCGAGGAACUUGACUUAAGGUCUGAGUUGCCAAGCCAAAUAUCUUGUGAUGCCGUUUGGCAGUCGCUGAAGUUUUUGAAGGACAUUGGUGUGGUGACCUAUGAGAAAGGCUGUGUCUUUCCUUACAACCUUUAUCAGGCCGAAAGAGGCAUCGCCUCGUCCAUCAGCCACCUGAUGAUGAGGCCUCCGUGGCGCCUGCACGUGGAUGUCCGGAAGGUACUUGCGUCUCUUGCUGUCCCCAAACCUGAGAAUUCAGAAAGUGGCGACGGGUUGAACGACAGUCAACUGGAUGAAGCAAGAUUAGAAAAAACUCUGCACAUUGGAGACACAGGGGACAACUGCGACCGUGAUGGUGGUGACAGUGAACUCGCUGCAGAGGUGCACGAAGUUCAACUGGAUCAGGAUCAAGUGAUUGCUCUGGAAAUGAUUUGUGCGAACGCAGUGACCGUCAUAAGUGGGAAGGGUGGUUGUGGAAAGACCACAAUCGUCAGCCGCCUCUUUAAGUAUGUCGAGCAGCUGGAAGAAGAGGAAGUGAAACAAGCCUGUGAAGAUUUUGAGCAAGACCAGGGUGGAUCGGAAGAAUGGCUGACCUUGACUGAGCACAGCCAGGUGGAGGGGGGCAAGGCUAUCGAAGUCCUACUUACAGCGCCCACAGGCAAAGCGGCUGGCUUAUUGCGGCAGAGGACUGGUCUUCAGGCGUACACGCUGUGUCAGGUCAAUUACAGCUUCUACUUAUGGGAAAAAAAUAAAACAACAAAGAAUAUCCCGUGGAAAUUUUCUUCAAUUAGAGUUCUAGUUGUGGACGAAGGGAGUUUAGUGUCUGUUGGAAUCUUCAAAUCGGUUUUAAACUUACUCUGCGAGCACUCCAAGCUAGCCAAGCUCAUUAUCCUCGGCGAUAUUAGGCAGUUACCCAGCAUUGAGCCUGGCAACUUGCUGAAAGAUCUCUUCGAGACUCUUAAAUCGAGGAAGUGUGCUGUUGAACUGAAGACAAACCACAGAGCCGAGUCUCAGCUAAUUGUGGACAAUGCGACAAGGUAUGACGGCACUAGUUUAUAUUCUGUGGUUGGAACUUUACUCCAAGAAAAGGACCUGAAAACUGAUAGGACUUCCCAAUUUAUUGCAUUUAGAAGGCAAGACUGCGAUGUAAUCAACCACUGCUGUUGUAAGCACUACACAGGCCACAUGAUCAAAGACCAUCAGAAUAGACUUGUGUUUGGAGUUGGUGAUAAAAUUUGUUGUACCAGGAAUGCCUAUCUCUCUGACUUACUCCCUGAGAAUGCCUCUGAAGAUCGGUCCCCAAGUGAAGACCUGGGUGGCACCUCUCGUGAUUUUGCUAAAAAUAAAAAGGGCAACUUUGAAAGCGAUAUUCGACUAUGCAAUGGAGAAAUAUUUUUCAUAACAGAAGAUAAGACUGAUCUGACUAUUGGAAAGAGAAGAUAUCUGACCAUUAAUAAUUACGCUGGCUUGGAAGUCACCGUGGAUUUUAGAAAACUAAUGCAAUUUUGUCGCAUACGACAUUCAUGGGCAAGAACUAUUCACACAUUCCAGGGCUCCGAGGAGCAGACAGUCGUGUACGUGGUGGGGAAGGCGGGCCGCCAGCACUGGCAGCACGUGUACACGGCGGUGACCAGGGGCCGCUCCAGAGUGUACGUCAUUGCAGAGGAGUCGCAGCUGCGGCGUGCCAUCAGGAGAAACAGCGUCCCCAGAAAAACACGCCUGAAACACUUCUUGCAAAGCAAUCUGCUCGCCAUGAGCCGUGCGUCUCCAACCCAGUCUCCGUCCCAGCCCAGCAGCUCCGGGGAGGGUGGAGGGGCCUGCACACCGCUGACGGCGUCCCCGCACCCUGCCGACGGCGCCGCCCCGAGCAGGGCCUCGAUGUCCAGUGACUGCGUGUUCGCUUUUGCUGACGGAUGGCGCUCACCUUCAUGGCAGGAGAUGGAUACAGACGAGAGCCCGUCAAAAGCACACGGGUUCAAAAGAACCUGUGCUGUGCACGUGGAUGAAAGCCCAAGCAAAGUUCGCAUGGUGGGACAGCCGUCGCCACAAGUAUCCUCCAGACUUCAGAAUAUGAGACUGAAUAAUUUAACACCCAGACAGCUUUUUAGCUCAGCAAAGAAUCAGGAAACUUAAAGUUUGUUGCAGGCUACUCCAAAGUAUACUCUGCCUGUUUCUGUUCAAGACCAAACGAAACACCAUACCUUCGAAGCAGCGAGAUAAAAGAAGAGGUCUAUCAGUGGAGUUUUAUUGGAAAGGAUUUGUAUUAGAUGUUUUAAACACAUUUUAAUCAAAGAAACCUGGAUGAUUUCAACAUGUGCCAUCAUGAGAAUUGGAGUAACACUGAACGUAACUGGAGGGGAAAAGAUGUUAUAUAUUUUUACAAAGCAACUUUGUUCUUUAAAAAUACACUUUUCUAGGAUAUCGGCUUAUUAACUGGCAUGAUCAUUGUGAUGAUCAUGGCCAGUGGAUUGAAGCAAUGACAGACAUCAACUGAUUGCAUCUGCUGACUUUAGGGUCACGUGUUACAGGACCCUAACGUGUUACAUGCCUUCCGCAGAGUGGUCAUCCGUCAGGAUUGCCCCGACCAGCAUUCCUUCCUGGUACUUCUUGGCCAUGCCUUCCAUACUGGGAGAAUCAAUUUGGAACAUACUGUAUUUGAGGGGCAGGGUGGAGGUGGGGGUGGAGAUCUCCGAGCGUUUUGAGUAUCUUAGAUUUUUAUUAUUGUUAGACAGUAGGGGCAAAUGUCUUAUCUCAUGUAUAAUAAUAUAACUCACUGUCAUUACAAUUUGCCUUUUAAAGUAUAUAGGUCAAUGGGUCUUAGUAUAUUCACUGAGCUGUGUAACCAUCAUAAUUAAUUUUAGAACAUUUUUUAUUUCCCCCCAAAAGAAGUCUUUAACUACAGUAUAGCCCUUGAUUGCCAUUUCCUCAUCUGUUCCACUCUAAACCAAAAACUAAACUCGAUGCCGUUGAGUUGAUUCCAACUCAUAGAACCCCAUAGGACAGGGUCAAGCUGCUCCUGUGGGUCUCCGGCUGUCACUCUCUACAGGGGUAGACAGCCUCCGCUCUCCUAUGGAGCAGUUAGCCCCUACUGUAUAACCACCUACCUAUUUUCUAACUAUGGAUCUGCCUGUUCCGGGCAGUUCAUAUAAAUGGAAUCAUAAACAUGAUUACUGGCUUUAUUACUGACUACUUUGACUUACUCCAUUUUUCAAAUUUUAUCUAUAUUGUAGCACAUAUUCAUAGAUGUCUGUGGAAAUGGCAUGGGGGCUACAUCUGACUCCACCAGCUACACAAAGGACAAUCCAACUCCACAUCUGCUCAAGAAUGGUUCUAUGAGGCAGAUGGCAGGCAUGCCUCUACCCUCCCCCCUCCUUUACCCUAUUCCGACACGAACCAUCCUUUCAAGGCAUUCUGCUUGUGGAUCUCGUACCCCCUGUGAUACUCACAGAACUCAUAGUCAGCCUGAUUGUGGGGGCAUAUUAGGGAAGUUUAACAAGUCAGAUCAGAAAACACUUAUCCACAGCAGUAUCUUUUCUCAGUCAUGCCAACAGGUACUUUUCUCUGUGGUCCUUGGCUUCUCCACCAGGAGGUCCCUUGGCCUUUGCCCUUCUUGGAUAGUGUCAUAGAGCUCCUUUAGCACCCAUUAAUGCCUGCAGGGCAUCCCGGUUUGCAAGCCAACCUCCGAACAGCACUCAGCGGUACUUGUUCUUUGGGCCCGGAAGCCCGCGCUCGGUCUCGAUCUCCAUGCUGCAGCUGCAGAUGGGCCUUCAUUUCUGAUCGUCAUAGGAGUCUUUCUUCUGCUUCGGAGAUGGCUGACCUUAUGCCUCCUGGGAUGGGAAAACUGACAACCCAAUAAGAUUUUGCUACAUCUUACAGGCAUGCUGCCACCCAGUUACUGGGUAAGAGUGAAUAAAGAUUAUAUGUAGAAGAGCCGUCACAAGCAAUUUCACUUUACUUCAGUUUUUUUUUUUUGUUUGUUUCUCGAUGGUAUUAUAUGGGUAUGCUACAUUUAUCCUUUCAUCAAUUGGUGCAUGUUGUAGCUAUUUCUACUUGAAUAUUUUUAUCAUGAAGGGGUGCUGAGUUUUGUCAAGUAAUUUUUAUCUGUUGAGAUAAUCAUGUAAUUUGUGUCUUUUCUAUUAAUAUGCGUAUUUCAUAAUUUUAGUUUCCUACAUUGAACCAUCCUUGUUUUCCUGGAAUGAAUUCCACUUGGUCGUAGUAUAAAAUCCUGUUUUGUAUGUUACUGUAUUUGGUUUAAGGAGCCCUGGUGCCAUAAUCGGGUUAAACAUUGUCCUGCUAAUUACAAACUCCACAUUUCAAACCCACCACUGCUCUGGGGAGAAA